CAGGCAUAAAAUACGCUAUAACCCAGUCAUUGUUUUUUAUUUAGACUGCAUUCCCUCACAAUAAGAUACGACUGUUGUGAUGUAACAUGGACUGUAUAAAGACAUUGAUGCAUGGCUACAAGGAAACAAUGUUGUUCACCUGUUUUAGAUGUGUCACUUGAUGCCACCGUUAUUGGUUAGAUAGAUAGAGGCAUUUGAUUAUGUCACAGGGGUUUGGCUAAUCAGUGUUCAUAUUUCACAAUGAAGGACAUCAUGUCCAUUGUUUUUUACAUGUUACAAUGUUGCUGUAAAAUGCUGCAAGGUGACUGGAAGGAAUCCUCCUAGGUGUGUGUUGAAUGAGGCGUAAGUCUGUCGUCAGGGAUUUAGAGAGAACAUUCUUUUCGGACAGCUAUAGGACUAGGCCUACUGCAACAUUUACUCCGCCGCUUAUUGUGGCAUCCUCAUCAAGCUGUCAGUUUCGGGGUGUUUCCUCAAAAAAUUCUCAGCUGACACGCGCGCCGCACACGCACGUCUCGCUCUCCUCCAAAUCACCAGCAUCGUCUGAACUUAAGAUGAACCCAGAGAGUGUUCGUGGUCCACCUGCAUUAGAGAAUUGACAACCUUUCAGAAGAUGUGUCAGUGAAACAACCAACAAGAAAAGAUGCCGCGAACCAAGCAGAACAACCCGAAGAACCUUAAAGAUAAAAUCGAAGAAGCACAGAAUGAACUGAAAGAUACCAAAGCCGGCGCACAGAAAGGGAUCAAUGAGGGUGGUCGAAGAAGUGCAGAUAACAUAAAGGCACUGAAGAGGAAAAAGGUUGUGGCAGAAAACCAGCUGAAGAAAAUACCCAAAUCUCCCGUAAAGAAGUCCUUGCAGUCCAAGACCUCCGUGGCAACACUCCAAGCUGCCUCGUCCAAGGAAGCCGCACCCUCUUGCUCCUACCCCAACAGCCCUUCUCAAAACCCUGCCAGCUCACCAAGCCAGAACCGAGGUACGGAGUAUGUCCAGCCUAAUGCUGAAUCCUCUGAGGGAGUGACAUCCUCCAUUGACAAUGAUAGGCUAAAGCAGAGAGAUACGUCCUUCUCAAAGCCACAGUCUCUCGAUCCCAUCAGUGGUAAAGAGGAAUCUGUCUCUGGUGUUGGGGAGUCUCAGCAGCUCAAGGACAGUAAGAGUGGCGAAACAAGCUGUGAAGGUGACUCUCCUUACCAUGCUAGCGCUCCCCUUGAAGUCUUGCUCAGGGCUAUGGAAUCAGACUUCAGCUCCUUGUCAGAAAAUAAAAAAUCCUUUCCAGUCACAGCCGUUGAAAAACCUGGCCGAACUCUUUCUGCUCAGUCUAAUAGUGAAGUAAAUGCUAUGCCAGCUAUACAUUUUGGACUCCAAACUCAGCCUGCGCAUAUGCAGAAUGACUUUGUAAAUAAACACGAGACCUACACAAUGCACUCCUCUACCCAGGCUGUUCCCUUGCAGACUUUGCAGCUUGCUACCCAGCAUUUCAGCAACUGUGGGGAAAAGCCUGGCUUGCAGAUGAGCUUCAGUACUGGCUCCUCCGAUACCCUAACUCAUUCACCUGUUCCCUCAGGCUCCAAUUCCUUGCCUCGGAGCCAGCCGCCGGUGGUGCACACAUGCCAGUCCCUAUCGGCUAGUGUCCCUAGCACCAUUCAAGUCCCUGUUACACCUGGUUACAACCCAGCCCAGAUGGCCACGGUUGUGAACUUUGGGCUUGAACAGAUGUGUAGCAUCUCAGCAAAGGACCAGAAGCCUAAGAAGCAGGGGAAGUAUGUGUGUGAAUACUGCAGUCGGGCAUGUGCAAAGCCCAGUGUGUUACUCAAGCACAUCAGGUCUCACACAGGAGAGCGUCCCUACCCAUGUGUUACUUGUGGCUUCUCAUUCAAAACUAAGAGCAACUUGUACAAGCAUAAGAAAUCCCAUGCUCACGCAAUAAAACUGGGGCUUGUGGCGCGUUCUGACUCUGGAAGUGGGUCCCUCUCCGUGGAGUCUGACAAAGCACUUGGAACACAUUCAGAUGUGGAGGAAAGUGGGGACAGCGAUGAGGAAAGUAGCACAGCAGACCUAGACCCUGACUCAUCACAAAGCAGUGUUGCAGCGUUCUCUGAGAGCAGUUUGCUGAGUGCAGGCACAACACAAGGCAAUCAUGGGGAUGCAGGGGAACCAUCAGCUGUUUUCCCUCUGAGUCAGAGGGGCUAUGAGUCCAAAGGGACAGCUAGCCUACCAAAAGUGGUCGUAUAUCCUGUCAAUGUUUCCCCUCAGCGGGCGGACAGUCCAAGAGUCACAGACUCCAGCCCUGAGCAGGCUACUGCCCAGCGGCAAAAGGACUUCCAAACGGCACAUCUGAGGUCCAGCAUCACCGUCCUGUCGUCCUUGAAAGAGGUGGAUUGCACAAACCCCUUACAGGAUGCAGCAAGUGAGGAUGAGGAUCAGCAGUGCAGGACUCCACCAGGAGGCGGACAUGGUCAGCUUCAGAGGCAGCAAGCCACAGACUUUUCUCAGCAGCAGCAGGGCAAGUGUCUGCUUAGUCCUCGCAGUUUAGGCAGCACAGACUCUGGUUACUUCUCACGUUCUGAAAGUGCAGACCAGGCCAUGAGUCCUCCGAGUCCCUUUGUCAAAAUAACCCCACCAACAGACAUGGAUGUCACCAAAAAUGUACUUCCUAAUCUCCCUGCAGUGGUUGCCACUGCCAUGCAUGUAGCUUCUGUGGAGAAGCCACGUGUUGUGCAAGGACAAAUGCGUCCUCCGUUAGAAACAAAAGCACUCUCUCUUGAGGAACGAAUCUCAAAGUUAAUAUCGGACAAUGAGGCAGUGGUUGACGACAAACAACUGGACAGUGUCAAACCAAGAAGGACUUCUCUUUCUAGGAGAGGUAGCAUAGACUCCCCCAAGUCAUAUAUAUUUAAAGACUCUUUUCAAUUUGACCUUAAACCAAUGGCGAGACGGUCGAGUUCCAGCUCAGACAUACCCAAGUCCCCCUUCACCCCCACAGAAAAAUCUAAGCCAGUAUUUCUUCUAUCUGUACCCAAUCAGUAUACACCAAUGGACUGUUUACCAAUAACAAGAAGUAAUUCUAUGCCCACAACUCCAGGGCACUCGGGUCUCCCACCAAACAUUGUCCAGCAACCCCACCCACUACGGAUCUGUCAGUCCUUUGAUGACAAAAUUAGUUCCUUAAACGAUGAUGUGUUUUCAUCUGCCCCCUCUACCCCAAAUCCAGCAAUACAUUCUCGUACUCUUGUACGACAAGUAGCAGUGGAGGAUUUCUCCACAAGUGAGGGCCUUACCUCAGUCCGUUCCAUGGACGAAGGUUACCAUGGGUCUAGCAUCUCCACUGAGUUAAUGCAAAGAAGCAGGUCUUUUGAGCAUGCACAAGACCGAAACCGAAAGCCUUUGCAGAGCAAAGGCACAAUGUAUGAAUGUGAGACCUGUCGCAAUAGGUACCGAAAACUAGAAAACUUUGAAAAUCACAAGAAAUUCUAUUGUUCAGAGCUCCAUGGUCCGAAAAACAAGCCAGUAUCUGUCAAAGAGACUGAGCAGGAUGUUUUUCAACAUGUCAUGCAGCAGCCGUUAGUCCCCAGAACAGUUAUUUCAGGAAUAAUGGACCAACAGCAAUCAUUUAGAAAAAGAAGGAAAAUGAAGAGUGUUGGUGACGAUGAUGACCAAUCACCAACUGACACCAAUCCCCCAUGCUCUGUCAGUUUUGAUUCUUGCCAACUAUCAACAGCCAGUUCAGGUCGGCCAUUUUCUCAGCACUCUAUCAUGGUUGAUCUACAGCCUAAAAGCAACCCACCGCAAAUAACUCAAAAUCAACUAGUAGCAAGAGGUACAGAUGCAUCAGAAUCAAGACUGUCACCGAUCAGAGAAACCCAGGUUAACACCUCUGGUAAAGAGAGAGGCGACCUACAGAGGCAAGGCAGCGGUACAUCAGUUAUCAGACACACCAACUCUUUAAGCAAGCCCAAUUCCUUUGAGACUUCUGAAUCUAUUGACAGGGCCUCUCCUGUUGAUUUCAUGUACAAAGAUGGCCAUAGCACAGGAAAAACUAAGACCGAUGCUACUGCCAAUAUUUCAUUAGAAAGCUACCAUGAAAAGAUGUCCAUUCCUAAAUGUGCCGACCAGGGGAAACAAGGGAUGGAAAACCGUGUCGACAGCACUUUAGCAGCAGUGGCUGAGAGCUGUGCUGCUGUCCAGCAGUCUCGUCUGGUUCGCCAAAAUAACAUUCCUGAAAUCCUGGUCACAGAGGAACCCGAUCGGGAGCAUGACGGUCAGAGCACUGAGCAAGGGGAAAAGGUUGCAGAUACAUUCAACUGGCCCCAGAGGAGCGAGAGCCUGUCCAAACUACCGACAGAAAAGCUUCCACCCAAGAAAAAGAGAAUUCGUCUGGCUCAGAUGGAACACUCCUCUGGAGAAUCAAGCUUCGAGUCCUCACUAUCUCGUAGCCUCAGCAGAGACAGUAGCCUCUCAAGAUGCUCCAGUAUCUCAGCCUCCUUCGACCGGGAUGAGCCAUCCAGGUCAGAAAGCCCCUCCAGAGGAGAAUUUGUGAACAAAAUAUCUGAGCAUCAAGGGCUACCAAUAGCCUUCAACACCCUGGGGGUCCCUGGCAUGAUAAGACGUGCUGCCUCAGAACAGAUCAGUUGCACUCAACCCUCAGUGGAGAUCUUGUGCGACUAUCGCAGCAAGUCCUUUGACUUUGGCAGUGUCUCCCCCAGCAGGUCUUUGCCACCCAACAGGUCAAUGUCACCAAUGGAACUGCCAACGAGUGCUCAAGCCUUCCCGUCUGUACAGGUACCUCUCAUUGAAAGGCGAAGGGGGCCCUUGGUACGCCAGAUGUCUUUAAAGAUUGGGCCAGAGAGUCAGCAACAUGUCGGGAGGCAUGCCAUACCUCUCCAGAGGCUCCCCACUGUAUUCUCUACAUCUCAGCAGAGGCCUCAACAGACUACCAACAAGCCACCCCUUGCCCAACCCUUUAUUGUGCAUUGUGGAGAAACUCUCCCUCAGAAGAAUGAAAGAAUGGUGCAAAGCAUUAACUUGGGCAGCCAAGGUCAACUGCCUCAAAUUCAUGGCCUUCCACACCCUUGGCACCUAACGUCGAGGGUUCAGACAUGCCAAAAUGUACAGCAAUCUGUGGUUCAUGUCGUGGUUGGCCAAGAAGAUGCCCAGAACAACUCAGAUGACUCUCAAGACAAAAGCUUUGUGCCCAAAUACCAACUGCAGUGUCCUGCUCUGAGACCAAGCCAAACAUACUCUCUCUCUACCACACAGGGUACUCAGACAACUUUGCCCGUCUUAACAAUACCUAUUGCCAAUCAGAUGCAAAGUAUUUUGAAGUCUUCAGAUGUUCUCCACAAUGUCUGUGUGGCACAACCGUGUUUUCAGAUUGUAAGCAAUAAGACACAAUCAAUAGUCUUGCCUGUAAGCCUACAAAAUGACCCACCUUCUCAAAACCUACCAGGUGCUCUCCAAUUGCCACAGAUACUGAUAACUCAUGAGCAGAUGCACCCUUCCCUCUCUGUGACCAGUAACCUGUAUGUUGUAGAUACUGACACAAAGACUGUACCAGAAAUGAACAAGGACAGGCCUCCAGCAUCUACUAGCCUUCAAGUAAAACACGGUUUAGUUUCCAAUACCCAGAACCAUAUUGGUGAAAUUCAAAGAGCUCCCUCCCUGGGGUCCUUACACUGCACACAGAAAAUGGCAGCUGUGACCCUUUGCCCACAACAAGAGCCCAUUGCCUCAAGCAAGAGAAUGCUCUCCCCUGCCAACAGCUUGGAUAUCGCCAUGGAAAAACAUCAGAAGCGAGCAAAGGAUGAACAUGGUGCUGCAUGCCUCACUGAUGGCAGGUCAGUCAACUACCUGAACUCCAAGAUGGCGGAGGUAACUAGGCAACGGAAGCUGAUGCUAGUCCGGCAGGUGUGCACCACUGAACCGGUGGACAGUCCCAUUGAAACUGAGGCCCCUCCACUGCAACACGAGAAACCAGUAGGUGAAAAGGACGCCCAGACUCCUAAGAACUGCAAGACUAUAACACCUGAAAGCACCGGAAAGGAUGAACCAUCUUCUGUAGUUCCCCAGGAACAACCACGCUCUGCAUUAAACAUCGCUCCAGGGAGUCAUGUCUCCUCCUCUGUGCCAGCUAACGCCUCCCUGAAGCCUCAAGACAAGAGCGAGGAAGAGAGAUGGUCUCCCGCCAAGUCUCCCAUUAGGCCCUCGACAUUCCAUGGACAGGUGAAAUUGGCCUCAUCUGUAUCUGUCGUCAACACACGAGACAGUCAUCGCCUGUCUUUCCCCAGCCUGAAAACUGCCACCACCUUUACUUGGUGUUACCUGAUGAAGAGGAGGCCUCUGCAUGUUCCACAGACGGACCAGAAGGUCUCGGCCUACUCCACCUGGGCGGUGAGCCCCAACAACCCCAACCCACUGGGCCUGCCCACCAAAGUGGUGAUGUCUCUCUUUGACUCCAAGCAGAACUCGAAAAAAAUACACUACACAGAGGCCAUAACGACAAGUAUGAAAUCCGACAUCUUGGCCUAUUCAAGCAAGCUAAAAGACGUCAUGCCUAAGGUCCUAAAGCCUCAGAAAACUGAGAAUAACAGCAAAGUGCAACCUGAGAGUCAGGUGAGCAGCGAGUCAGACAAGGAUUCUUCCUCAUCCAAAAUAGAGCCACGGAGGGUCAAAAUAUUUGAUGGAGGAUUCAAAUCUAACGAGGACUAUGUCUAUGUGCGUGGGCGUGGUCGUGGUAAAUACAUCUGUGAGGAGUGUGGGAUCCGCUGCAAGAAGCCCAGCAUGCUGCGUAAACACAUCCGCACCCACUCUGACGUACGGCCCUACCACUGCACCCACUGCAACUUCUCCUUCAAGACUAAAGGGAAUCUGACCAAGCAUAUGAAGUCCAAGGCUCACAGUAAGAAGUGCAUGGAGAUGGGGGUGUCUGCAGGCCUCGAGGACCAUGAUACAGAGGACUCAGGAGACCGUAGCCAGGUGGGCAGUACAGACCGCCCAGAUUCAGACGGAGAGGACUCGGAGGGCGCUGACGAUGACAACGAUGAUGACAACGAAGAAGAGGAAGAGGACAGCCAGGCUGAGUCGGGCCUGUCCACCAACCCCUCGGUCUCGGCCAGCCCCCAGCACAUACCCUCCUCCCUCCAGGCUGAGCUUCCUCCCAGCUCCCUCCUGGCUCAGAUGUCCAUCCACCACCACCACCCAGCUCCCCUGUCCCUCCCCCAGCUCCCCGCAUCCGACUCCCACACCCACCACACCCACGACGCCUCAGACACAGAGUCCGUGCCCAUGCUGAGCCCCGUCUCCCUGGUCAAGCAGAUGUCAAUCUCCGGAGGGUGCUCAAGCCCUGGCCCCCCACCUACUCCCCACCCCCACACCUCCGACACUGAGUCGGUGCACAUGAUGAGCCCUGUCUCGCCGUGCAGGCAGAUGUCCAUCGACUACCCCGAUGUUGACGUGCCCCCUAGUCCCCCCGUACCAGGCAAGGGCUGCUCCAAGCUCGGCCAGGAUGGCUCUCCCACCCUACCAAUGAGUGAGCCAGGUGUCCCUUUCGGGACAGAUGUCAGCACUCAGACCGCCUCUUUCACCCCCCAGACUUCCUCCUACAGCCCCUGGCACUUUCCCUCCCAGGGCCCGACCCAAGGAUCAGGGGCCACACAGGGGACACAUACCCACCUCUUCAGCCACCUGCCUCUGCACUCCCAGCAGCCCUCUUGCUCCUCCUACAGCAUGGUACCCGUGGGGGGCAUCCAGCUGGUGCCAGCUGGCCUGCCAGCCUACUCCACCUUCGUGCCCAUCCAGGCUGGCACUGUCCAGCUCACCAUCCCUGCAGUGAGUGUCAUCCACCGGAAUACCAGUCCACUCCCGUUCCCCAAAUCCUCUAACUCCCCCCAGCCUGAGGGCUCUUCCUUGACCCUCACCAACCAGCCCCUGGUGGUUCAGGAGCCCAUCAGCAGUAUCAUGCCCUGCUUCCCCCUGGGGCAGGUCACCGGACUUCAGGCCCUUGGGGCCUCCCAGCAGACGCUGCAGUCCAUGGGUCUGGAGACCAUCAACGUCAUGGGACUGACCAGCUCAGGAGGCCUGACCUCCACUCAGCUGCUGUCCCAGCACGGCCUGACGCUCAACGCCACCCUGGGCCUGCAGGCCCUGACUGCCAGCACCAGCUCCCAGAGCAGCAUGGGCCCCCACCAUCACCACACCCACCACACACCCAUCCCCGGCCUGCAGAUCCUCAACAUUGCCCUGCCCGCACUCAUCCCCUCGCUCAGCCCUCUCUCCGCCCUCAGUCCCCUCCCUGGACCCUCUGAGAGGCAGGGCAGCCCUGAGGCCCAAGGGGCCACCCGACUCUCCUCUCAGACUGAACUAGGACCCUUGGUCAGCUGUCCAUCUGCUGCAUCAUCCCUUCCCACUGCCACCAUGAGAGGAUGUCCUGCCCAGGAAAUGACAUCAUCAGUCAGCAGACCCAGCAGCUCUGGGCACAGGAGCUACGGAGGCUCUGAUCACACGCAGACUCCCGGGAAGGAAGGGAGGGUUACAACAUCUCUACCACAACCCUCCCCGGCUCCAGCUGCUGAGGGGGGUGUUGAGCGGGCAGGGGGAGCCAGUGAGCCUGUCAUGCCUCGGAGGCAGUUGAUGCUGUCACGGCAGCAGGUGACGGAAGACUUUAUCGAUGACUCAGCAUCAAGCGAUGACGAGGACCGACUGGUCAUCGCCACCUGAAACCCCCAGUCGAAUAGCCUGGUCAAAUGAAACCGAAUGCUGAGCUUACAAUGGUAUCGCAGCAUCCAAUCUGGGUUACCAGGCUACCUAUCGAAAAGCUCUUUCUUUGUUCUCUUUUUGUAAUGCUUGUCACUUUCUAAGACUGAAAACACUUCAGGGUGGGUUUGUUACUCUGCAAAUCACCUUUCAAAGCACAGUUUCUGACAUUCAUAUUGUAUGUGCAAUCAUAAAUGAUAAUUAUUAUUAUGAUGAUGAUGAGAAUGAUGACCAAUCGUUUUUCUUUUUAAAAAAUUUGUCAGCUUCAGACAAUUUUUUUUUGUACAUGUUGUAUAGACAAUUGUGCCUUUUUGGAGAUACUUGUUUUAGGAACCUGUAAAUAAUACCUUAAAUUCAGCAGUUGCUUGUGUUUAUUUCGAUGACAUGGAAGUGAAAAUAGAGGAUAACAAUUUUAUUUUGGAAGGUUUUAUGUCAAUCGUAAAUUUAUGGAAAAAUAAAUGUGUUGUACUGGUAUAUGUACAUUUCUAUGGAUUUGGGGCAUUGUUUCUGUGUACAGAUGUUGUGUUCAACUAUUUAUUAUAUUCCAUUUAGUGCCCAUGAUUAUUCAUAAAUCCAUAGGUAUGUGUAAUAUGGUAGCUUUACAUUGCGGUAUCAAUAUUAUUAUCAACUGUAUCAGUAAAACCUUGUUUACAAAUGUACAAA